AUGAAUCCCCUCCAACGACUCGCCCUCUGGCUGCUGGUGCCCGGCCAGCUGGUAUGUCUGCUGGCCCAGGCUGCCACCGUGUCGCACGACUUCAACAUUGGCUGGGUCACGGUCAAUCCCGACGGCGCCUUCGACCGCACCGCCAUCGGCAUCAACGGCCAGUGGCCCAUCCCGCGCAUCGAUGCAAAUGUCGGCGACAACAUCGUCAUCAAUGUGCACAACCAGCUGGGCAACCAGUCGACCUCGCUGCACUUCCACGGCCUCUUCAUGAACGGCACCGUCCACAUGGAUGGCCCCUCCCAGGUCACCCAGUGCCCCAUUCCCCCAGGAGGCUCGUUUACCUACAACUUCACCAUUGAGCAACCUGGCACAUACUGGUAUCACUCUCACACCCAGAGUCAGUACCCAGAUGGUCUCCGAGGGCCACUCAUCAUCCAUGACCCCAAGUCUCCUUACAAUGGCAAGUAUGAUGAGGAGAUCGUCUUGACCCUGUCAGACUGGUACCAUGACCAAAUGGCCCAUCUCAUCCCCCAGUUCAUGAGCAAGGGCAACCCUACUGGUGCCGAACCUGUUCCCCAGGCUGCCCUCAUGAACGACACCCAGAAUCUCCAUAUCUCUGUGAAGCCAAAGACCACGUACCUGCUUCGUUUGGUCAAUAUCGGUGCAUUUGCUGGGCAGUACUUCUGGAUUGAAGGCCACACUAUGAAGAUUGUUGAGGUCGACGGCGUCUACACCAAGCCAUACGAGACGGACAUGAUUUACUUGUCUGCCGCGCAGCGCUACAGUGUCUUGGUGACGACCAAGGACGAUGCCCAUAGCAAUUUUGCUGUCGUGGGAAGCAUGGAUACUGACCUUUUUGAUGUUUUGCCUGAUGACUUGGACUGGAAUGUAACAAGUUGGCUCGUUUACGACAAGUCAAAGGACCUUCCCAAGCCAGCUCUGGUGUCUGAGUUUGAGCCUGCUGAUGACAUGAAAUUAUCGCCCCACGACAGCAUGGAACUUCUCCCGGAGCCAGAUCGAACCGUCGAGUUGGAAGUCAAGAUGGACAACCUCGGAGACGGCGCCAACUACGCUUUCUUCAACAACAACACAUACCGCGAGCCCAAGGUCCCCAGUCUCUACACCGCCCUCACCGCCGGCGAACUUGCCACCAACCCCAAGGUCUACGGAGAGUACACCAACUCCUUCGUCCUAGAGAAGGAUCAAAUCGUGCAGAUCGUGAUCAACAACCACGAUGACGGCCGCCACCCGUUCCAUCUCCACGGCCAUCACUUCCAGGUUAUCCACCGCAGCGACGAAGACGGCGGGGACUUCGCUGAAGCAAACCACAUGCAUCUCGCCUUCCCUCAAACGCCUAUGCGUCGCGACACAAUCGUCGUCGAGGGGAAUGGCAACGUCGUGCUCCGGUUCAAGGCAAACAACCCUGGCGUCUGGCUUUUCCACUGCCACAUCGAGUGGCACAUCGUUUCCGGCUUGCUGGCCACGUUUGUCGAGGCCCCUCUGGAGCUUCAGAAGACCAUCGAGUUGCCUGCCAGUCACCUGGAUAAUUGCAAGGCUGGAGGUUUCGCGUUCGCUGGCAACGCUGCCGGUAAUAAGGACGACCUCUUGGAUUUGACGGGCCAGAAUGCUCCCCCGCCUCCUCUGCCUGCAGGGUUCACUGCCAAGGGUAUCGUGGCCUUUGUUAUCAGCUGUAUUGUAGGAAUCACAGGUACUUUGUUCGUGGCCUGGUAUGGUCUGAGCCCGCGAGAAGUCUCUGAGCAUGCAAGAGAUGAAGCGUCAGCGGAGGGAGAAGACGAUGAAGCUUCUGCUGCUCCACAAAAUGGUGUUCGGGCUUCAGAGGAUGAGGAGGAGCGAAGAUCUACGGAUUAUCUGCUGGUCCGUCCCUUGUCCAUUAUCAGAAACACAGGUAUGGCUUCUGUUCAGGGACUCAAAGCUAUAUUGGCUAAAUCUUCGAACGAUGCUAUCAUCCUCUCAGCUUUACGAACGCCAAUAUGCCGAUCGUACAAAGGCAGUCUCAAGAACACAUAUCCAGAAGAGCUUCUACAUACUGUCGUCAAAGCCACUCUAAAAAACACACCCAAUCUAGACCCUGCCGUGAUUGAAGAUAUCGCCGUUGGCGUUGUGCUGUCAGAGCUCGGCGGCAGCAAAGCGGCACGAAUGGCUGUCAAUCACAUCCCAGAGAUACAGUCCACCAGCACUAGCCUUUAUACGGUCAACCGGGCCUGCGCAAGCAGCUUGCAAGCCAUCGCUCUGAUUGGAUCACAGAUUGCUACUGGGAUGAUCAGCACAGGAGUGGCGGCGGGAAUGGAGAGCAUGACGCGAAACUACGGCAGCAAGGCAAUCCCCACGGACGUAUGGCCUGCCCUCAGAGAAAGCCCCAUCCGUGAUGCAAGAGAUUGCAUUAUGCCCAUGGGACUCACUUCUGAGAACGUGGUAGAGCGUUACGGCAUAUCUCGACAGGAUCAAGAUCUGUUUGCGGCAGAAAGCCACCGCCGCGCAGCCAGGGCGCGCCAGAACGGCCACUUCCAAAAAGAGAUCGUUCCUGUCGACACAUUCAUCCAAGAGGUGGACAAACAAGGAGUUGAUAUUGGAGACGGACCUAAGAACAUACGCGCCACCGAGGACGAUGGAAUCCGAUCCAGUAUCAGUCUAGAGGCCCUGGCAAAGCUGAAAUCGCCGUUCAAAGAGGGCGGCGCCAGCACGGCAGGAAACUCAUCACAAAUUUCCGAUGGUGCUGCGGCUCUUCUACCCAUGCGCCGAAGCACUGCCACCGCCCUCGGGCUAUCAGGCCGAAUUAUUGGAAAGUACGUGUCAGCCAAGACCGUAGGCUGCCAACCGGACGAGAUGGGCAUAGGUCCUGCUCUUGCAAUCCCGGCUCUGCUCGGGCAGCUGGGCUUGACCAAUUCCGAUGUCGACCGCUGGGAGAUCAAUGAAGCAUUUGCCAGCCAGAGCAUUCACUGUCUUCGUGAGCUGGGUCUGGAGGGGGCUUGGGAGAAGGGGCUGGUCAACCCUGACGGCGGGGCUAUCGCUCUCGGCCACCCACUCGGAGCUACCGGUGCUCGUAUGGUGAGCACCCUUCUCCAUGGUCUUGAAAGGACCGACGGUCGGGUUGGUGUUGUUAGCAUGUGUGUAGGUACUGGAAUGGGCAUGGCCGGCGUUUUCGUACGGGAAUAG